CGCCCGUUUGCCGCCGGGCCCCGCCCCGGCCCUGCGCUGCCGCCGCUACCUCCAGCAGCCGCCGCCAUGAAGCUUACAGACAGCGUGCUGAGGAGCUUCCGCGUCGCCAAGGUGUUCCGCGAGAACUCGGACAAGAUUAACUGCUUCGACUUCAGCCCCAAUGGCGAGACGGUCAUCUCGAGCAGCGACGACGAUUCCAUCGUGCUCUAUGACUGCCAGGAGGGCAAACCAAAGAGAACCCUGUACAGUAAGAAAUAUGGCGUGGACCUCAUCAGAUACACUCAUGCAGCAAACACAGUUGUUUACAGCUCUAACAAAAUAGAUGAUACUAUUCGUUACCUGUCCUUGCAUGACAACAAAUACAUCAGAUACUUUCCUGGACAUAGCAAAAGGGUGGUGGCCUUGUCCAUGUCACCUGUGGAUGACACUUUCAUUUCUGGGUCUCUUGAUAAGACCAUUCGACUCUGGGAUCUCCGGUCUCCUAAUUGCCAGGGCCUCAUGCAUCUACAAGGCAAGCCAGUUUGUUCUUUUGAUCCAGAAGGGUUAAUUUUUGCUGCAGGUGUUAAUUCAGAAAUGGUCAAACUUUAUGAUCUUCGCUCUUUUGAUAAGGGGCCAUUUGCGACCUUUAAGAUGCAGUACGAUAGGACUUGUGAGUGGACAGGACUUAAGUUCAGCAAUGAUGGCAAACUCAUCCUCAUUUCUACCAAUGGCAGCUUCAUCCGUCUCAUCGAUGCUUUCAAGGGAGUGGUGAUGCACACAUUUGGGGGUUAUGCGAACAGCAAAGCUGUCACACUGGAAGCCUCUUUUACUCCAGACUCCCAGUUUAUUAUGAUUGGUUCAGAGGAUGGCAAGAUCCAUGUCUGGAAUGGAGAAAGUGGUAUAAAAGUAGCUGUGUUAGAUGGCAAACACACAGGCCCUAUUACCUGUUUGCAGUUUAACCCCAAGUUCAUGACAUUUGCCAGCGCUUGUUCCAACAUGGCCUUCUGGUUGCCUACCAUUGAUGACUGACCCUGAUGUUGCUCGGCUGUUUCAGUACAGUGAGGGUGGCCAGCAGGAAAAAACUCAGAGGGAACUGAGAUAAUCGUGGGAUUGGAUCACUUGACUGAGCAUCCUUCUACAUGGCCUUCCCAUGGAUAUGCUGUACAUCUGCUAAAAGAAAAAAAUAACUUUGCCGAGCUGCUACAAAAGGACUCUAGGUGCGACGGUUUCGUUUGGGACUCAGAUUUUCCAGCUCUCAUUGCACCAAGCUCCUCCAGAGGAGUGACCAGACUCAUGAUUAGGGUAUAGUGGGGCCCUCAAGACGCCUUCAAUUUUGAAUGUAUUUGCUGCUGAGGAGCUGGUGAAGUUGUUAAUUCUGCACAUCCCUCCCCCACCCCAUAAAUGCAUGGGAAGCCACAGUUCUGGUUUUGAGAUGCUAAGGCAGCUCAGAGCCCCUUGCCCUCACCCUGCAUGUCUUGUUACUGGGUCUCCCUGUGUCAUUGUGGCAUUACUCCACAACCAUCAUGUUACUUAGGUGCCAAACAUUUACAGAAGUAAGUCUUCAUAUAUCUUGGGGUUAUAAAGGAACAGGUACAGAAAGACCUUGCUCGCCAGAAAACCUUGCAAGUUAGUCUGUGAGGGUGGAUAAUCUGGGCAUGCCUCAGGCUCUAGGUAUGGAAGGGGAAAAAGCCUAAGAGCCUGAAGGGAGGGAGGGGUAGCAAAUGAGUUCCUAGGACUGGGAGGCUUAGCAGCAACCUAGAGUGGUCCCUUACCAUCAAGAUAGACCCUUGGUCCUCCUAGGUGCCUAUGGAGCUUGGUUUUGUACAAAAGUGCGGUGGGAGUCUAUUUUGUACAUGAGAUACAUCACGCUUUCCUGUGGGCCAGUAUUGUAAAGUAAGUCUGAGUUGUUUACACUGAUGCCUUCCCUGCCCACCACAAAUUGUGUACAUAAGCUCCAAAUAAUACCACCCCUUCCCUAGCUCUCAACUAAGAGCUGACUCUAGGCCUGUGUUAUAUGUUAUAUUUAGCCUUUUUAUAUAUGACCUGGAAUUCUGUUGUUUGUAUUUUAGCACAGUGUGUACACCUUCGUUCAAAUAUAUCUAUGUGUGCAUACAUAUGUGUAUAUGCAUGUAUGCAUAUAUAAAUAUAUAUAUUUAAAAAGAUCUCACUUCUCAGAGUUCAGCUGAAGGAGAUGGAGUCCUGCAGCCCAGGAGAAAGACUGCAUCCUUGCCAGUAGUAUUUGCCACAAGUGUUAGUUUGUCUUCCCUAUAACCUUUUUCCCCUUUGGGAGACUAAACGAAGCAAAGCUUCAAGUGUUUUCUAUUCUCAUGGCAGCUAAGGGUCCUGGAAUAACUCUGUUGUGUUCCACAAGCCACACUUUGGGGCCCUCUCUGCAGUAUUAGCCCCUUUCUUGCCCAGUGAUGCUCUGUCUGCGCCUAUACGUACAUGUGUCAGUCACUUUGCAUGCCUUUUGUGUCUGGUUUACGGCAUUUGGGGGACAGGAUGCUGGGACCCAGAGCAUUUUCAGUUUGUGUAAGGCUUCUGUGCCACCCUGUUUACCCAGGAUGUCUGCUUUCUUUUCCUUGGCUUUUCCAGGGAGAAAAAGUGGUUUUGAUCAGGGUUGAGAUGAGCAACAGUCUUCUCUUCCCCUGUGAGGCCUUCUUAGAGCAGAAUAAGUGGCAUGCUAUUUCUGUAAGUUUCCAAACGUUUAAGCAGAUCCAGAAACAGGCUCAGCAAAGUUAGGGCCUUCCCGGGAGUAUGUAUGUGUUAGUGAAAAAGGAAACUUACUGCCUCUGUUGAGAAGGAAUAGGCUAUGAAUUGCUAACAGUUUUUUGUCUCAUUUUGGACUUUAGCAAUUUUUUUAUUUGUUCCUCAAACUUAAAGGGCAAGAGGCAUAUACCUUUCUCAAAUGUAGAUUGGCAGCUGCAGCUUCUGUGGUGCCACCCAUGAUACAGUGGGCUCUAAAAGUUGGAGGGACUUUCAGAAACCAAAUGAUCUGAGCUGUUACUGCUCACUCCUGGCUUCCUGAUACAGAAAAUUCAUAGUAGGAGUAACUUCAGAGAGAGUGCUUAUAAAACUGGGCUAACAAGGAAGGCUGCAUAAUUAAACAUAUCUGCAACCAGAGUGGCCACCAAGCAUGACUUGCCUGUCAGCAGGAAAACUACUAGUAUUGAGUCCCUAUGUGUUGAAAGCUGAGGCACCACAUCCUUUGGAAAUAUGCACUGUGUGACCUCUUUAUGGGACCUGUGGCUGCAAAACUGACUCCUGAGUUGGGAAGGAAAGGGAAAAGAUACAGCUAGAAGUGACCAGAGAUGAUGUGGUGGGAAUAAAGUAGAAUAAAGGGAGAAAAGAGGUUGUGGCUAGAGAAGCUGAGGGCCAGGGCUGCAGGGAUACCCUCAGUGGGAGCCAGAGGUGCUCAAGCACUCUAAAGGGGUAGGGGAGGGCUGCUCUCCACACUCAAGCAUCAGGGCCAAAGCUACAGAUUUUUAUGUGACACUGCACUGCUCAACCACCAGCCAGUGAGGAAUUUCUUGUUUUUAAACCCAUUGUAAUCAUAAUUCUCAGUGAAAAAAGUUUAGGAGUUGUAAGAGGAAUCAGUUUGCCACCCAAAUGCUACCACUAUAAUCUUUUUUGGUGUUAAAUGUUCUUCUAGGUCUGUGUAUAGACUUUCAGUGUGUUUACAUAGUUGUUAUUCUAUUGUAUAUACAAUUUUAUGUCUCUUUUGUACUUAACAUAUAAACAUUUUUUCCAUGUUAUCGGUCUUAAACAGAAUUGUCCAGCUAUAACCUCUUCCAUUGAACUUACAGAGC